GCUCAGAUGCUGAUUUACUCCCACAUGAGAGAACAAAGAGAGUGUUUCUACAAACACAGAUGAGAGUCCAACAACAUCAGCGAGACACACAGACGCUCCUCAGACACUAGUGAAUCAAUCAUCCAUUCUCGUACAGCCAUGGCAAACACGAGUCUCCAGGUGAUGGGUCUGAUGCUGGCCAUCGCAGGCUGGGCGUUUGGGAUCCUGGUCUGUGUCGCCCCCUGGUGGCGCGUGUCGGCGUUCGUGGGGGACGAGCUGCUGGUGUCGCAGGUGCUGUGGGAGGGGCUGUGGAUGACGUGUCUGUCGCAGUGGGGCCGCCUGCAGUGUAAAGUCUAUGACUCCGGCCUCGCCCUCUCAAGCUCCGCCCAGACGUGCCGUGGCCUGUGCGUAUUGUCGCUGCUCCUCUGUCUGCUGGCGGUUCCGCUCAGUGUGGUCGGGCUGAAGUGCACGCGCUGCCUCGGAGACGCUCACGAGUCCAAGGCUCGGAUGGUGCGGGUCAGCGCGGUGCUUUUCCUCCUAGCUGCGUUUUUCUUCCUCUUGCCGGUGUGUUGGACCGCGUACGUCAUCAUACGGGAUUUCUACGACCCGAAUGUCGCCGCGCCGUUCAAGCGUGAGCUCGGACCGGCGCUCUACCUGGGAUGGGGUGUGACCGUGAUGAUGCUGGUGGGCGGGGCUAUGCUAUAUUUGGGCUCCGCCUCCCCCGGAGGUCCAGCCAUGCCUGUUUUUGGAAGAGGAGGAAAAGCGAACCCUCCCUCCACGGCAGAGAGCAAACCGGAGAAAGUUUUUGUGUAAAGGACAUCAACCUGGAUAAACUGUGUCCUAGUGGUCGCAUAGAAAUUCAGGAAUUUCAUUAUUUACUCACUGUCAUUUCAUUCAAAAACUGUAUGUGGAUAUUGUUUUCUGUGGAACACAAAAUGAGAGUUCUGCAUAAACUUUAUGCAGCUCCUUUGAUUUGACUCUUUAAUAACCAUUCUCAUGGAAAUUUGUUUUUAGCCCCCCACAGAUGCUACAACAUAAACAUACAGCUUAUGUACAACAUAGAAACACAAUUCACCCAUAAUAGAAGAAAAAUGAAAGCAAAAAAACACAUUCUCCAACUAAAACAACACAAAACCUGAUAAAACAACCAUUAAAAAUUCCAAAUGACUCAUCUAUUGAAGCAAUAUAAGAGCUUUGUGCAAGGAACAGACCUGAAUUUCCCAAAACAAGUGUGCCAGUAUGCGGAAUGGAGAUUUUGUAUAAAUAAUGACCAAAAUGUGAGUCUGUUCAUCACAAACGGCUACAAUAUGACUUAAGAAGCUUUGAAACAUGCAUAGAUUGCUUUUAUGACACUUACAAAAGGUUAGUACUUUCAGUCCUUGAUUCUGAUUGGCCAAUAGCUAUGUUUUAUUCACGAUAAAACACGCGUCGGCUACGACCGCUUCACCCAACGAUUCUGUGUAUCACUACACAACACCCUUAGCAACCACUCUUAGUAACGUAAAGAUGUUCGUUCUCAUUGAUAUUGUUCAUUGAAGCUUACUAUAUUAUAUAGAGUAGAGUAUUGUGAGAGAGAGAGAUCGAGUGAGCGAGUGAAUUACCUGCAUUUAGAUUUAGCAUUUUCCUCAGUCCUAUGUUUGAAUGAUCACUGCGAUAUCUUGUCUUUUUAACGCUUAAUGGGCUUUCAUGUGCUCUGACACUGACAGUUGCGUCUUGCUCCGUGUUCAAAACAAGUUUCUGUCCUUUCAAUAUAAAAGUCUUCGCUUCUGACUAACUCACUCACAAAGACAAUCUUUGCCGCCAUCUAAUGGCGUAAUAAUGUAACUUCUGUUGCUGUUCACUGACAGGAACUACUUUUUUCCAGCGGAAGGAGUGAUUUUAUUUAUUUUACUUCAUGAAAGUUGCAUUGAUACAUAUUUUUUGGCUUUAAUGUUUGUAUUGUGUGGUAACCGUUUUAUAAAAGCAAUAAGGUACGAGAGGCUGUGCUGUAUCAUGAAUAAGUCACGGCUGAAGGGGUUGUUAGGCAUGAUGCUUCAUGCCUAGUAACUUACUUAUGAUGCAUAUGUGUCAUUUUUUUUUGGAGCUGGACAGCUUGUCUUCAUACCAAAAUGAACAGUCAGAUGUUUUUUCAAAAUGACUACUUUUGUGUGCUAGAAAGAAAUAACACAUGGGUUUAUAAUUAACGACAUGAGGGAGAAUGAAUAUUUUUAUUUUUAGACAGUCCAGCUUUGUUAAGAAAUCUGUCCUUCAUAGACUGAAUCAGGGUACAUUUCCAAUUCAUAGAGCCUUUGGCAAUUUAUUUAGAUUUUUAAUUAAUCUUUUAUGUUAUAUGGAGGUCAGUUUAAGCUCUGUAAUUAGUUUACUUUUUUUUUGUUGCAUUACAGUCUCACAUAUUGUUUUUGUCUAUUUUUUCCAAUGCUCAGUGUAAUUAAUUAUUAUAUCUUAUGUAAUUUAUUUAUUGAUGUUACUAUUGUUUGUCUAAUAAACCUGAUAUAAUAAUGUA